GAAUGGCAUUUUAAAGAAGAAGACAACAGCUGUUUAUUGUUUUGGUUGCAGAAACCAGAAAAAGCCGUCUAAAAUGCUUCGAAAACUAUUAUUUAACACUCAAGUUGUAUUAAAACAGCAACCAAAGUUACAUCACAUAAGGCACCUGGCAACACCCAAGAUCUUGCAACUCGAACAGGUUCACAUCGAUGAGGCCAUUAAAAUGGAGCCUACUCUAUCUAUUUUCACACCUGAGAUCUGGCGAAGGGCCCAUCAAACCUUUCAGAAUCACGGCUUGGAAACGGUUAAUUUCCUGAGGAUCGUAACCGGCAAUCCUGCAGUUCUGAAACGAACGCCAGACAAAAUAGUCAACAGUCUGGAAAUCUGGAGAGCCUGCCAAUUCGGCGAGAAUCUUCUGCACCUACUCCUUACAAAGUAUCCCGAACUACUGGACGUAAGCGACGCUCACCAGUUACUUUCACACAUUGGCUUUCUGAAGAGUCGCGUGUCCACCAGCAAAAAUGUUUGGAAACUACUGAUGAACAGUCCGGAUCUGAUAGCCCAGCCCGAGGAAACCGUAGAGGAAAAGCUGAAUUUCCUAAUAGAUGUGAUGCGCAUUGAAGUUCCCGAGAUGGUGAAAUCAGCAGCCCUUAGUUUACCCUUCGAGGAGAUGCGUUGUCGCCACGAGUUCCUGCUGCGUUUGGGCCUUUUCAAGCCCCGACCUCUGAAAGCCGAUCCCAAUGAGCCCAGCACAAACCACAAGCUGUAUCAGAUUACGGACACUUCCGAGAAGAGUUUUGCCAUAAAGAUAUGUCACGUCACCCUGCCGGAAUACGAGGCCUUCAAGGAACUCUAUGCCCAGGAACUGGAGCGGAAGUCCAGAAAAGCCAAGCAGGAAGAAGAACUUAGCGAUGAAGACGAAUAGGCUUGGGAUUAAUAAUUAUCCUUCAAGAUAAACAUAUAAAUAUAUAAUUCAUAUGUUACAGUUAAUAA